AUGUAUUUUUGUCAGCCUGAAAGAAUAACAAAGCCACUGACCUUUGCUAACUGUGUUGGAGACAAACUUCUUUUAUGAUGGGAAACUGUAUAUGACAAACAAAUAGAAAUUUAUUACAUGGAUCACAUAAAUAAACUUACCCAGAUUGAGAAUCCAAGAGAAUAGUGGCAACAAGAGCAGGAAUGGAUGUUGAAGGAAUAUUUAAUUGUAGCCCACUAGGCUCUCACUGCCAAGAAGAUCUACCCGAUUAGGCAGCAGCGGUUAGAGCUGGCUCAGGAAGAAUAUCAGCAGCUGUGCAAAAUGUGCAAGGACAACAGCCACUCACACAUGAGCUCCUUCUCUGGUUAUUCAACAGAUACAAAGUAUGACCCACACCAGAUUAAAGCAGAAAUAGCAAGUCAUCAGGGCAGGUUGAGUAAAACAAGUCUUUCCAGAUGUGAGCUGACCCAGAUGAAGCAGGAACUGCAGUACAAAGAAAAGAGGGUGGAGACCCUGCAAGAGAUUGAUCGUAAGAUGUCAAGUGCUCACACCAACUACAAACUGGAUGAGGCCCAGGCUAUCAUGAGUGAGCUCCGGACCAUCAAGAAAGCCAUUAGUACCGGCGAGAAGGAGAGGCGGGACCUGGUGCAGAGCCUGGCCAAGCUCACCAGCGGCUUCAAGAACAGCUGCUCUGUCACCGACGCCCUGCAGGAUUUCCCUCGCGACCCCGGCUUACCUCCACAGUUCUGCGACGCCGGCUCCCAGACCGAUGUCAUCGGGGAGUUUGUCUUUGAUGAUAAAACAAGACUCGUAGACCGAGUCAGACUUAACUGGCAGUAUGAAGAAGCCAGAAAGAGAGUCUGGAAUAUCCAGCAGCAGCUGGCCCAGCUUGACAAUGAGUCCUGGCCAGGCAUGGCCGAGGCGGACAGGGACCGGUUGCAGCUGAUCAAGGAGAAGGAAGCCCUGCUUCAGGAGCUGCAGCUCAUCAUCCAGCAGCGGCAGGCAGCGGGAGACGUGGCGCGGCUGGAGGAGGAGCGGAGGCGCCUGGAGGAGGAGAUCCAGCGUGCGCGGGCCACAUCCGCGCAGGGCGCCACCGAGAGGAUUUUACUUCAGGAAAAAAGAAAUUGUCUCCUUAUGCAGCUGGAAGAAGCUACCCGCUUAACAUCCUAUCUCCAGUCCCAGUUAAAAAGCCUGUCUGCCAGCACCCUGACAGUGUCCUCGGGGAGCAGCCGCGGGUCCCUGGCCUCCAGCCGCGGAUCGCUGAGCUCGGUCAGCUUCACUGACAUCUACGGCCUCCCGCAGUACGAGAAGCCCGACGCCGAGUGCGGCCAGCUGCUGCGCUUCGACCUCAUCCCCUUUGACUCCCUGGCGCGGGAGGCCCCCUUCUCAGACCCCGUAGGCCACUCGGCCUUCCACAGGCAGAGGCGGUCUCUGGACACGCCCCAGUCCCUGGCCUCGCUGUCCUCCCGCUCCUCCCUGUCCUCUCUGUCGCCCCCGAGCUCACCCUUGGACACCCCCUUCCUCCCGGCCUCCCGGGACUCGCCUCUGGCGCAGCUGGCGGAUGGGUUUGAGGUGCCAGGCCUGGGUGCCCUGGACAGGCUGCGGGCUCAGGCCUCUGCCCUGGGGGACGAAGACUUGCAGGGCUCGGCGUCCCUUCAGCUGCACGGAUUCCCCGGGGAUGGGGAAGGACCGCGCGAGCGAGGACCCCAAUUGGCAGGCGCUCCCACGGGUGGAACAGUGACUCUUCGAGAAGACAGCGCCAAGAGGUUGGAGAGGAGAGCACGCCGUGUCUCUGCGUGCCUGUCGGAUUAUUCACUGGCGAGUGACAGCGGGGUAUUUGAACCUCUAACCAAAAGGAAUGAAGAUGCUGAGGAGUCUGCAUAUGGAGACGCGAGCACUAGCGAAGGUCCCCACAUCCACGUGGGAUUUUUGCACGACAGUGCCAGCGAAUGUCUCCUCGUGCACGUGCUCCAGCUGAAGAACUUGGCCGGGCUGGUCGUGAAAGAAGACUGCAGAAUCCACGUCCGUGUCUACUUGCCCCCGCUCAACUCCAGCACGCCCACCACGUACUGCUCCAAGGCCCUGGAGUGGCAGGCGCCGCUGGUGUUCAACGAAGUGUUCAGGAUCCCCGCGCAUUCCAGCUCGCUGACGCUGAAGUCCCUCCAGCUCUACGUGUGUGCGGUGAACCCGCAGCUGCAGGAGGAGCUGCUGGGCAUCGCUCAGAUCAACUUGGCCGACUACGACAGUGCAAGUGAAAUGCAGCUGCGCUGGCACCCCGUCCAGGUCUUCACCAGCUCUGAGCUGCCCAGGACCGGGGAGAGUGCCGCACGGGACCCCAUGCACACUGUCACCGGGAAGACGGACGCAGUGUCGGUGCUGUUGGCCAAAACCACGGCCCAGCUGCAAGCGGUGGAGCGAGAGCUGGCUGAGGAGCGGGUGAAGCUGGAGUACACCGAGGAGGAGAUCCUGGAGAUGGAGCGCAAGGAAGAGCAGGCCGAGGCCGUGUCUGAGAGGAGCUGGCAGGCUGACUCGGUUGACAGCGGCUGUAGCAACUGCACCCAGACCAGUCCCUCGCAUGCGGAGUUCUGUUGUGUCACUGUUGACUCCAUCCACAGACACGUGUUUGCUGGUCACGUGGACCCUUACAGCCCAGAGAAACUCCAGUCCCUGCCGCUGAAGGUUGACAAGGAAACCAACACAGAGGACGUCUUCCCAGAAGCAGCAGCGAGCUCUCUUCUGAAGGAGCGGCCGGGCCGCCGGGCCCGCGGGUCGCCUUUUGUUCGGAGCAGCACGAUCGUCCGGUCUCAGACCUUCUCACCCGGAGCGCGAAGCCAGUACGUUUGCAGACUUUAUCGUAGUGACAGCGACAGUUCAACGCUGCCCCGGAAGUCCCCCUUUGUCCGAAAUACUUUGGAAAGACGAACCCUUCGCUAUAAGCAGUCCUGCAGGUCUUCUGUGGCUGAGCUCAUGGCCCGCACCUCCCUGGACCUGGAGCUGGAUCUCCAGGCGUCGCGCACGCGGCAGAGGCAGCUGGACGAGGAGAUCUGCGCCCUUCGCGAGCUGAGGCAGCGGCUGGAAGACGCCCAGCUCCGAGGCCAAACCGACCUCCCGCACUGGGUGCUCCGGGACGAGCGCUUCCGCAGCCUGCUGAAGGAAGCCGAGCGGCAGACAAGACAGACCAAACUUGACUACCAGCAGGAACAGGCAGCUGAAGAGAUGCUGAAGAAGGCCUCCAAAGAGAUCUACCAGCUGCGAGGGCAAAGCCACCAGGAGCCCGUCCAAGUGCAGACCUUUAGGGAGAAGAUAGCAUUUUUCACAAGACCAAGGAUUAACAUACCUCCUCUCCCAGCCGACGACGUUUGAUGUCGUGCAUUGUGCACAUGAAGUAUUUAUCUGUCUGUUUUAUUUUCAUGAAGUACUUAGACUAGCUAAAUUUGUCUUUAAAAUAUUUGUGCAAAGCUAUUAAUAUACACAUUUUGUAAAAAAAAAAAA